GCUGUCAGCAAAUGUUCUGUGCAAAUAGUUGGUUGACAAAGUUAAAAUAACGGUGAAUUUUUACUAUAGUUAAAGUGAAAAGCUAAAACUCAUUACCAUAAAUUGUUAUGUAGCCUCCAGAAAUGGUCAGUUUUCCACCUACAGUCUGACCUCUUCAGUAUCUGGUCAUAUGGAGACAUAAGUCUUAACUGGUGCCUUUAAUCUGCAAGAAAGAUACUGUUGCUUGACCAAGGUCUCUCUCCAGCUUCCUCUUAUCUAAGACUGCUUUACUUCACAGAAUAAGAAGGAUGAACUUUCAUAAUUAGAUCAUGUGAUGAAAUGAACUUUUAUAAGAAUGAAUUAUAAAUAAUGAAGUGUUAAAAUAAUGAUGAAAUGGAAUGAACAAUAUGGUUAAAUGGAAUGUUUUGAUUAAUCUGUGCUCAGAUUAAUAAGGAUGAAAUUAAAUAUAUGACCCAUAUAUUUAAUCAGCAUAUGUGACUGGACAAGACACACUCACCAUGAUCUAUGACGCAAGUUAAAGUUAACAUCACUGCACAUAGAUAUUUUCUUAUCCACAAAAUCAGCAUCGUCGUAUCUGAGGGAGGAGUGUUCUUAGGUUUGUUGGCAAAACCCCCUUUUCAUGGCAAGUUCUGAUUCGUCAGUAAACCAAAAUAUGGCCAUUAUUUAAACAGAAUCACUUCCUGAGUGAUGCAGUUGAGCCUAACUCUGACUGGCCAAUGGAGGAAACCUCUGCUCCCGUCGCUUCUUUUGACAAGCUGUCAAAACCUGUUGCACGCUACAGCUGACCGCAAACGGUUCCUUCAGAACAAAGCUGAACCAGCUCCAACUCCUUAAGAGUCAUCCAUAGACGCAAAUAACUACCUGUCAUGACCUGGAGACAUCUCGAGACCGGUCUAGUGGCACUGUGGUUUCUUCUACGGACUUCGGUACCUUUGGGGUCCACGGACUUCCACACAUUCUGGAUCUACCACGAGGGUCUUCAAGAGGGUACGUAGACUUGACAGAUUGAGUCUGAUGUGGUUUUAUAAACCAUCACUAUAGUUUAUAGCAGACCAAAUUCACUCCCACUCAGAACUCAGUUUCUCCAGAUACGAGGGUUCUGAUAACAUCACAUUCACACAUCAUCACACCUCACCUUCCAUCCACUCAGAUUCAUUCAUCACAUAAAGUGUUUCCUAGUUGUCAUGUUUUAAUUGUUUAGAAGACCAAUCAGACUGGAUUUCCAUAUUUGUAUAGAAAAUCACAUCUUAUUGGCCAAAUGUAGUGUAGUAUAUUUAGAUUAAAAAGCACCCAAAUACAUAGGUAUGCUAACCCUACAGUUAGAAGCUGUAUAAUAAGACUCAAGGUGUUUGUGGUUUCAUUGUUUAUUUAGCUUUAUGGCCAUGGUUGUAAAGGUAAUAUUUGGGUUCACAAAUGUUGUAUUUUUGUGGAUCAGUGUUGAAACGCUCAGGAAGCCCAGCUCUAGGAUAGAUAAGUUCACGGUGGACUCAAGCAGGCCAGCAAAAUCUCACCAGGACGAGAUAUGAGUGACCUUGUUAAGAUGUGACCAGUCAUGAAGGUUUUCCUCUCUGUGGUAGGAUGGACUCCACGUUGUUUGGAAAAGACUUUUGACUCUUCUCAGAUUUUUGUUAACACACACCGGUAUGCUCCGGAGCAAGAAAGUCCUGUUUGUCUAGAGAAGCCCAGACUGAUGAUCAGUUAGAUACUCUGUACAUCUGAUCAGCAGAUCCUUGUUCAACCAGACACUCAGGAACCUGCAGGGUGGACUUAGUUUUUAAUCACACAGCAUUAGCAUUUUUUUUGCCAUGGUACCAUAAUGUCUAGUUUUAACUUGUAACUUUUUGUCUGUGACCAAUCCCAGCCAGAUGAGCUUUUUAAAGUAAUGCUUUCUGUUAAAUCUGUAUAAUCUGUGUGUCAUCUUCAUCACAGGUAACACAAUGCCUUGUAUACAGACAAACAUGGUGGCCAUCGUCCUUCCCAUCCUCUUCUGUUUCUGUGUCUUCCUGUCCAUCUACUGCUUCAACAGGAACAAAGAUAUUUUAUGUCCAAAAAUCCCAAACCACUUUGAAAUCAAGAGCUUGAUCAGAGACAAGAAGCCCCAGACUGGCAUUGUGAUGCCAGAACCCGUGGAGAACACGGAGUCUGUGAUUGCGAUCCCCAACAAAUGUCUUUAUGAAGCCUGAACCAUCAGCAUGGCAACUGGACAAUGUCAGGCUGCAAAGCCUUGAACCUGCUGAACCUGUGUGAGCUACCUGAGCUGGACUGGACUUUCACGACUAAAGGAGGAAGAGUUCUUCUUGCACAGUGGAGUCUAAUAGUCUCGUCACCCCUCUAUUUUAUACUAAGUGCAACGUGCUACUGAAACAUGACAAUAUAAACAGAACUACAUGACAAGGAGGCCAAUGUUUGGUGUGACCACCUUCAUCCAUCUACAUCCAUGAGCCGGAGUUCAUUUCUCCUCGGGGUUAACAGCAUUCCCAGCUCCUCAAAGGACAUUUCAAAGGUCUUCUUUGGAUGUUUCUGUCCACCUUACUAUUUUCCGUCUGAAUGGACCAACACAGCUUCUGCUACAAGGGCUGUCCUGAGUGGUUUUCUGUUCAGGUAUAUUUCUAUGGUGUCUUUGGAAACCUUGAAAAGGGUGGGGUGUUCCGUCCUGGUGUGGAGUGUCUAGGCAUCCUGGUGUCCUAUUCACCAAGGUGAGAGACAGAUGGGUGUGUCAUGGUUAAGCACCUGGAAGUUUUUAUUUUUACAGUAAAUAAUUUGAUAAAGUAUGUUGCAACUUUCCUUCACUGCUCCUGAUUUUCUGCCCAGUCCCUGUAUGACGUGGCACACUUCAUUGUUUUUGGUUUACUUUUCUUAAGAGAGCCAACCUUCUUCUCUAAGAUAAUUUGGACUAAAAACAUGAAAGAUAGAGAAGAACUUCUUGUUCUUUUGAAGACAAAUGAAAGAAAGUAGAGUGGCUCAAGACCUCAUGUCCCAGAGCACAUGUCUGAAGAAGUGCCUCGUGACUGAACGAGGUACGGAAAUGCAGUGAAGUGUCUAAACUAACAGGUGCUUUCCAGACAUGGACUGGAAAUGAGAAUGAGGAGGCACUCAGCUGACAGCCUCCAAUGGAGCACCAAGGAGAAGACGGAAGGAUUGCACAUGUUGUAAAUUUGAUCCACACUCAGAUGCCAGAGUGGCAGCUAGACUAAAGUAGCCAGUGAUCUCCUGAGCAGGGGCGGAGUUAGGCCCAGCUACUUGGGCUCAAGCCCCGAAUGUUUUAUGAAAAGCCCCGGAUCUAAAACGUGGAAGUAACAUGCAGUACCAAAGUCCAACAGAGAGGGAGCAGCUGGCAGUAGUUUGUAUACAGCCUGCCUGAGCCUCCACCACUGAAGAAGAAGCCCUUCAGCAGCCGGCUUCUUCUACACUCUGCCUGAAACGCAUGAGUGAAGAUGGACAUGAGGGCGUUUUUAGAACAGAAGUACCGCGACAGAACCCCAGCUUUGAUGAUACUGGUGUUGACUCAGGUUUGUGAAUCUUAUUUGAAAAUAUUUGUGAUUUGUAAUAUAUAUGAUGUUGACUUGUGCGUGUCAUGUGUGUGUGUGUGUGUGCGCGUGUGUGUGUUAAGCCCCGGAUCUUCUUCAGUCCUAAAUCCGCCCCUGCUCCUGAGUGGUGUGAAAUUAAACGUUGAUCUUGUGACUGUUGUUGUUAUUUGCUGACCUCCGCCCAUGUCUUGGUCUCCACACAUGGAGAGCCUCCUGUGUGUUUGGUCUGGACGUCGGAAAGGAACUGAGAGCAUUAGUGCAUCGAGAAGACUGGCACAGUUUUUCAAGAGCGAAAUAAUGAUUAGAAGGAAAAUCUCACAGACUGGUUUUAUUUCCAGUGUUGACACAAAGCUGAUGCACCUUUGGAUAUCUGCUGACCUACAGGAAUUUUGCAGGUUGGCUCAUGAACAUCUACGGUCUUAAAUGCUUCCUAUGGAAAUAAGGGUUUUAUUACAAAAGAUAUAGCAGUGGUGUUCAGUUUCUGAAUGUUUUGACAGAUAAAUGGGGGCAAGAACUGUGUAAAUAUCAGUAAACUUCCUAUUAAAGACUUUGUGUGUAAGUGA